AUGAUUAAGAUUGACUGGAAAAACAACAACGGACCAAUUAUGCGUGACCGAUUUCAAAAGAUUUGUACUGAAACAACUGUAAGGACCGAAAAAACAACAACAACAACUCCAUUCACAAGUACACUGUCUGAAAAACACGAAACAACUGCAUUAAACGGAAAAACAACAACAACAAAAGAGACCACCCGUUUUGCUGUUUUGGUCGAGACCCCAUUUAUGACAACUAAAAAGCAUGGAACGUCUAUAGAGGAUUUGAAAGAGAAGUUCCUAAAAGCUAUGAAUUCUAGUGAUGGAGAAAAAGGCUCAUUAACAGACAUGGCCUUAGGAUUUUUGAUGUGGGCAAUAGCAGCAUCAGUUGCCACACUCAUCAUCCUUGUUAAAAAAUGGCUGACUAAAAAAUGCUGUAAUAUAGACGACGAGGAGAAUAAUGAUGACCACCACCAACAAACACCACCUAUUUCCAACCCAACAUUCUCGCCAGGACAACUGAGCCUUGUCCCUUUGAUGGUGAUGCACACACCACCAGCAUCUUCCAUCAGUAGUGCACCGUCCUCCACACCAGAGAUUGAAGACGAGGAGGAGGAGGAGGAGGAGGAGGAGAAGCCAGUAAGGCACAGAACUAGACGUUCCUGUGCUAAAAGACUUAACUUCUCCAAAACUAGCGUAGUGUAG